AUGCCACCCGAACGCUCAACCAAAAGAGUCGAUCAUAUUGCGCUUGGGCGACAGAUUGAAUUGAGUGGAAAAAUCAUGGCACCCUGUACCAGAUGUGAAAAUGCGAAUUGCAAAGACUGUGUGUCGCCCCGCGAUCCCAAACUGACUCGGUGUGGUCGAUGUGCCCGUCUAAACAAGACAUGCGAUGUGCGUACCGUGAACCGCAUGCCGACAGCGUUGGAUUGGGAGUCCCUUGACUCCCAGAUCGAGAAGUUGGAUGCCGAGGAAGAGGAGGCGAUGGCGAAAAUCCUUCGUUUGAAGAAACAGAAACGUUUCCUCUACGAAAGGCGGCAGAAGAUGAUUGCUGCCGGGCUGAACUCAAUGGAAGAGCUCGACGCUCUCGAAGCGUUGGAAAAGGAAGCUGAGGAGAAGCGGAAGGCGGAGGAGGCACAGAAAAGUGCUGAGUUGGCAGGCGCGGAACGUCCUAGUUCCGGCGACGUCGACCCCCCCUACGACCCGACGGUCGGCCUUCCCUUCGACCCUGAGGACCCGCUCUGGGCAGACCUGGGUUUCGUUGAUGGAAACUGGCAAGCAGCUUCGGGCAGCGAAGGUUUGACCUAG